AUGGCAGUCGACGUGUUAAGGGUUUUGAACAGACGAUGUGGCAACGGAGGGAACCCGAUGGAUAUAUUGACUGAAAUUGAAACCACAAACUUCAUUGAUUUUAUGAACGGCGACGGCACGUCCGGUAUGGACGCUUGUUUCGCAGCCUUCGAUAAAAACUGUGAUGGGAGCUUAGAUUUAGAAGAAUUCAGGUUCCUUUGUCAGGCUUUGUUCCGAAACAACAAGGGCGAAACCUAUCAAGUUAUCGACACAGAACUCAGAGAUAUCUUCCAGAUUUUCGAUAUCAACAAUGACCAGAAAAUCGAUAGGAAAGAGUUUUCGUUUUGUUGGCACAAUUGGAUCAAAGUGAUCGUCCGUCCCAUAUCAGCGAUUCUAAUCAUCGACGUCCAGAACGAUUUCAUUUGCGGCACUUUGGACAUCAAGAAAUGCCCGGCCAAGCAAAACGCCGAAGAGGUCAUCCAGCCCAUCAAUAAGCUGCUGGACACCAUAGACUUCGACGCGACUUUUUACUCGUACGAUUGGCAUCCCAGCGAUCAUGUUUCGUUCAUCGAUAACAUCGGUUUGCGGAAAUUGCACGAAUCCAGCCCGCUGGCGGAUCCGGAGAAAGUGCAACUGUACGAUACCGUCGUCUUCGAUGGAGACCCGCCCAUACCGCAGAGGUUGUGGCCCAGGCACUGCGUGCAGAAUACUUGGGGCAGCGAACUGCACAAGGAUUUAAAGGUGGCUGAAAAUGCAAUUAAAAUAUACAAGGGUACUAAUCCUGAAGUUGAUUCUUAUUCUGCGUUUUGGGACAAUUCUAAAAUGACCGAUACCAAACUGGCUGCACAGCUCAGAAUGAGGAAUAUUACCGAUGUGUACGUUUGUGGUGUAGCGUAUGAUGUAUGUGUAGGAGCAACAGCAAUAGACGCAAUAUCCAGCGGAUUCCGCACGAUCCUCCUAGACGAUUGCUGCAGGGGCGUGGACCUUCUGGAUAUCGAAAAAACUAAAAAUACUGUGAUCAAGAACCACGGCGUUGUGGUCAAUUCGGAUAGAGUUAAAACAAUGGUGGAAGGGAACGACAGGCGACCCGAAUUGGGUUACAAAUUGGCGUUGAAUUUGAAAGAAAAACUCAACGCUAAAGCCGAGACAUAAUUUCCAAAGGAGUACUUAGAAGCAUUUAUUUUGUAAUUAUGUUAAUAGAGAAGAAAACAGAAGUUGUUGUAGAAUAAAGAUAUCUUAAAGGUAACUUAAAUGUUGGACAAUAUAAAUUAGGAGUUUGUAAUAGAUUAUUUAGCUUACUCGAGCUUUUUCUCUUACUAUAAAUUAUUGAUUCUUAAUGAAUCAGGACAGUUACAAUUUACAAUAGUAGAUACUUAUACACUGUGCUUCAUUCCAGAUCGCAACAUAGGUUAUAUAGGCUAUAGGUGCGAUAGAGACAACUUCCAUUAGACAUUUAUAAAGGAAAAAGAAAGAGUGACAUUUGUGUCGUUGCAACUUUUCAUUCUGACAACUGUUAUUUUAUUAAUCUUUCUUUGUUCAACUCAUAGAAAUGACUAUGUUACGGUCUGAAUUGAAGCAAUCUGUAUGUUAGGACCAUAACAAAUUUCCUUCAUUCUUUUCGAGCUCUACCAAAACGGGAAAUUUCCCACCAACUGGUUGACUCACCAAGUUCUAUACUGACCAUAUUAUAGAUACUACAAAGAUUAAGUUAAAAGCUUAUCAAUUUAGACUUUCAACAAAUGGUAAACAUUUCAAUAAUUUCUUGAAUUUUAAAAUAUUAGGUCAUUAGGUGUCUGUAGGCAAAUAUGUAAGUGCUAGUGAUGUGUGAAAUGCAAAAUUAACGUGAUAAUUAUUUUUAAUUCUAUCGAUAUAUUUUCAAUCAGCCCCGAAAUAGUGUUUUAAAACAAACUCUCGUUAAAUUUUUUGUCGCUUUUAUAAAUUAUUGAGUCCUCGAAAUAAUUAAAAUCGGAUUUAACGCGAUCCAACGUAUUAUUGCUUUAUUAUCGAACAAAACAAAUUAAACCGAAUAAAUUGUUUUGGCGAUGAAAAGGGGAAAUGCAUGUAGUUUUUCAAUCAAAAUUUGGGCGCACAAUGGAAAUGUAAUCAUUAAAUAUCAUGCCUGAAUGAAAGCAGCACUAACCUAAAUGUUAAACAAUAAAGACAUUAAGCGUUUACCCAAACAUAUUCCUGCCUAAAAUAAAGGGAAAUAGUUAUACUGCUAUAGGGCAGAUAGUUGAAAAGCAACGUAUAUUAAUAUGGUGAAAAUAAUUAUAGGUUGUUGAGUACCUAAUUAGUAUAGUAAUUAAUCUCAAAAGUGAUUAUAAAGUAUUAUUAAUGUAUAUAAUUUGUUAAUUAUAAUUUUCUUAGUCCGGAUAUCUGGAUGAGUACUCGUAGAAGUUGUGAAUAAUGUUAUAAAAUUU